ACACUAUGUAUCAUAUGACUAUUAGUAUACACUAGUUUGACGUACCUUUACAGACUGGCUAGUACUAAACAAUAUUUGCUAUUUAUUAGCCUAGAAAACAGUCGUGUUGAAUUGAAGGGUUCAAUCCCUCAAGCAUCAGUAACAGGCAUGAUUACGUUUGUAAUCCAUAUCAAUAACUACAUUACUAGAGCAAGGGUUAAUGCAUUGUUUUCAUGGCUAUACGUUGCUUCAGAAAUUCAUGGAAACCAUGGACUGGAUUUCUGCAUGAGUGAGUAGUGGUCACGUGGUCAUUUUGAGCAGUGCCAUCUGUAGCCUUUUGGUGUUAAUAGGCGAUAUUUGGUCAGUUCCCUGCAUGCAGUCUGUCAGUUGGUGAUUACCAGCAUUAAGACACAACGGGGCAACAUGUGAACUUUUUGCUGUACUACUAGCAUAAAAACAAUCAAAAAUUACCACUAGGCCUAUGCAGUUAAUGUUAUAUGUUAAUAUUUCAAAUAAUGUUUCUACUCAAUUAACAUUCCCCAUUUAAUCUUACUCGCCGGACUAUCAGUUUGCAUUGACUUGUGGUCUCCUUAAACUUGCUUUAGACACUUGCAGUACUGCCCUUCCAGCCCUAAACCACCCUAGUACUAUACCGGUCUCGUUUGGUAAGGAAGACGAGAAGACAAGUCGUGUUAUUGUUUAGAGGCAGUAUUCUACACAAUGCCUCUUUAAAGGACUGCAUUAGGAUUGGAAACAUUUGUUUACAUUGCUAAUGCAAGUGAAAAGAAUGAUUAAAUACUAAGUAAACGCUACAAGGCAUUUUGAGUAUAUUGUAAUUUAUAUGGUAUAGUAGAAUGCAAGUUAUGAGUGAGCAUGGCAAGGAUCAACAAAAGAUGAAUAAUUGUGAACUUCACAAUGUUAAUGUUCCGCUGGUUUUCUCUUUUUGGUGGCAAUGGGUCACACACACUCAUCAGUUCUGUUAUUGCAAUCUUUUUUAGUGUUUUAAAUGAGUUGCUUAUUAUCUCAAUGUGUUCCCAAUCCUGUGUGCAUCCUCUAAUUGCCAGGUUAGGUUGUUCAGGUUGUGCCAGCCAGGGUUAUGGUAGACACAGCAUUAUAAACCGGUUUCUUUGAAUCACUGAUGAUGAUUGGCAGUCUGUGAUGCAUCAUGCCAUAAUAAUAACCUUGUGCGUUAUUGCUUAAUAUAUUUGGACAGUAAUAUAACAUAUGGGCUUGUUGUUAUACUGACAAGGCUUGUCUGGCUGCCAUUCCCAAAUAUAUAUAUAUUUUUGGAUAGGCUUGGUUAUAAGAGUUUUGGGAACGCAGACCUUCUUAUAAUGUAGAUACUGGUACAGAAAAUAAUCAUUGUUUUUUGGUAAAUGUAGAGGACACCACCAAAGAGUCUUUAGCUGACAACAGGUUUUGCUUCACUUUGAUUUAGCUCAUCUAUGCCCACCCGCAAAUUCAAUGCAAAAAAAAUACAUUGUCAUGUAUUUCAGUAACUCGGACCUCAGCCCCUUUCGACUUAGUUUUUUUUGGCAUAUAACAAUUUUAAAUGUUAAGCAAUGGGUUUAAUUACAGUUUUGGGUAUAGGGGAGGGACACUUGUUUGUUUUUCAAGUGGUCAGGUUAGGUCACGUGAAAGUAUUCAAGCUGAAUGGAAGCCCAUCCAUUUUCUUUUCAUAGGCGCAAAACUUCAUCCAGGUAUUCCUGAUUAUCAAUAACUGCACUCCCUUUCAGAGGUGAAGCUCGGUUUCCACCUCAGUGUAUGGUCAGUGUAUGUAGUGUUUGUCUUCUCUCGAUAGCCAGGUCUGCCUGUGCCAGCCUCUUUCGAUAACAAGGCCAUGUUCACUGAGUCUUUAUAGCAAGGCUGUCGAAAUAAUCAAUAUUUUAAUUCCAAUUCAGUACAAAUUUAAAAGAACGGUUGUGAUGUACAUUUUUCAUACUUUCUGUAGUAUCAAUUGUACCGAAGCAUAGUUGUAUAUGUCACAUAGAACAGAAGCAUAGUUGCAUAAGACAGAAACUGUCACCAUCAUCAUCGCAAGUGCAUCUUCACCAAUUUGCUUUGUUGACAAAGAAUGUGUGGGGUGUGGAAAUAUUUUGCCCAAGGAAAACCACUAUACACCCAGAAGGUCCUUAGAAAAAAGAAAGCAUACAGUUAUGAUUUUUACAUCAAGCCCAUAGGCACAACAUUAUACUGCAGGGGGACUAAUCCCAAAAUGUGUUAUACACCGCCUCCAUUGAGAAUAAUGAAGAAUAAAAUGAUUAUGGGGGCCUUUCUACAAACAUCACUAGUUGUUUGCAGAACUAGCUACUUAUGCUACGGUGUGUUCAGUGUUGUUCCAGUCAGUGUUGUUCCAGUCACGGAUGAAAUUCUACACGGUUCACUGAAUAUCUCUUCAAGGGAGAAAAUCCAUUUUACUCCACACAGAAAAAUGCAUAAUAGGCCCUCCCUAGCCCUUCCUUUGGGAAAUCGGACAAAAAAAAGUUUUUACUACUUCACAGCUAUAUGUAAAAACAAGUACAAGUGAUGUGUUACAGUAAAUAAAAGUGGUCAGAUCAAGAGAAUGCUGAAAUUAAAAACAGGAUUAAUCUAAUAACGUUGAGGAGUUUCAUAAAACAAUUCCUUUAGUAAAUGGAUGGAUGACACUGUCCCCAGUGACCAUUUCUGUAUAUCCAGAACCUAAAGCCUUAUACAGUAUUAAAACAAAGUGGUGGUCACUUACAAUUAUCUCUGCUGCAUAUGCAACUAGCCAUUAAAAUAGGCAAAGCAUUCACUAAAUUAAACUGGUGUACAAACUAUUACAAAAUAUCCUCACCCCAGAUACAGUCCAUGAAAGGCAGGUCAUGGCUCACAUCUACAGCCUCAUUUCAGAAACUCUGGACCACUUCAAUUUAUAUAGCACCAUAAGAUCCACAGAAGACGUGGGCUACUUUUGAUUGGACAAGGGGAAUACCUGUGUGAUAAUGCUGUUUAACUACACCUCGCCGUUCAACAUCGUAGUCCCUUCCUGUACUCCUUGUUCACUCAUGACUGGAUCUUGUGGUGGCAUGCAUACCGUCACCACGUUUGAUGACACCACAGCGGUAGGCCUGAUAACUGAUGACGGACAGGCAGACUAUUGAGGAGGUCAGGCUUAUUUGUUUGCGCUUUCGGUCAGCCGACUUUAAUCAGUGCUCGGAUAAAUUACAUCAUGGUUGACUGAAAACUCAAAUUGAAGACUGCUUUGAUGUGUGCCAAGAUCCUUCUCUUGUAAAAGUACAUACUAAAAUGUUUGCAGCGCCAUUGUUCACAGCUCCAUGGGGACAUGUUUAGAAUGGCAGGAUAUUCACUAAAAUACAAACAUUCAGCUUCUUGGAGAGAUGGUUAGAAUUUCUUGAAAUUCCUAAAUUCUCUGGGUGGACGGGCCGGCAUCGCGUAUGGCCACCACCCUUGCAAGCCCCUGACCACACCCACCACCUAAGCACCUUUGUGAUCCUGAUCGCCACUUGGUUUGACCGCUGCACUGCAUUCAGUUGCAGGGGAGAGAGAGCAGAAAACAAAUCUAGAUGCCAUAUAUUAGCAAGAAAUGUAAAUGAAUAUAAAAAUGGCAUAACUGAAGUACGUUAGGCCACACAGACAUUACUUUUAAAAUAAAUUGUCUGGGAUGCAUUUUCCUGAAAGUAGCGAAAAGGAUAAUUUGGCCAUUAAUAAAAUAAGUUUUGUAGAGUCAGCCCUGUCGGUAAAGCAAUCAGUCAUAUUGAUGGAAGUAAAUUGCGUAAUUUGUUGUUAUUGUUUUACAGCACAGUGGUAAAAGAUAUUAGUCCUAGCAGAUUGCUCAUAACUGCAGAUGAUGUCUAAGAAACAUUCCAUUCAGGGAUCAACUGGUCCCUUUCCUGCUGUGGAGUAAACCUGGGGGGCUGCCAAAACAUUCCACAAGUCACUUUCUGUUGCCUACCCACAUUUUACUUAUUCUGUCAUUUCCUUUAAAUAAGAGAAGGAAGCGUUUCUUUUUUUCCACCUUCUCUUUCCACAUUUCCUUUACAGAAUCUAGAGAGGGGUCUUUCUGAUUUCAACGUUUUCGGUAUAGCAUUUCUAUCUCAUUUUAGUUUUGACAGUUUGACUGUUAUACUCAAUAAAAAUGCAGGAAGCUGGAGAGUUCACUAUGAAAAUGCAUCCGAUGUGGCAGGGACCCCUCGUUGCUCCUGGGGGCAACAGGCAAUCUCCUAUUGAUAUUAGGGUGCGCAAGAGUGUCUUUGAUCCACAUCUCAUGCCACUGAUCCCGGAGUACGACCCCAGGACGUGUUCACAAGUAUGGAACAAUGGGUACUCAUUCCUGGUUGAGUACAACGACACCACCGACAAAUCCACUCUUAAAGGAGGUCCUCUGGAGGAUGUCUUCCGGCUGUGUCAGUUCCAUUUCCAUUGGGGGGAGAGCAAUGCGUGGGGCUCCGAGCACACAGUGGACCGCCGCCUCUUCCCGGCUGAGCUCCACAUGGUGCACUGGAACUCAAAUAAGUACAAACUGUUUGAGGAGGCUGUGAUGGAGGAGAAUGGACUAGCUGUUAUUGGAGUCUUCCUAAAGAUUGGGAAGAGGCAUGAGGGACUCCAGAAACUAGUGGAUGUCCUACCUGCUGUAAGACACAAGGAUAGUGUUGUUGAGUUCACAAGGUUUGACCCAGCCUGCCUACUGCCUGCCAACAUUGAUGAUUACUGGACAUAUGCAGGGUCAUUGACUACGCCUCCUCUGACUGAAGCAGUGACCUGGAUUAUAAUGAAGCAGCCCAUCGAAGUCAGCCAUGAACAGCUGGCUGUGUUCCGGAGCCUUCUCUUCACCUCAGCAGAGGAGGAGGUACAGAAGAGUAUGGUCAACAACUUCCGCGUGCAGCAGCCACUGAAGGGCCGCACUGUACGUUCCUCGUUCACCCCCUUCCUGAAGGAGGAGCAUCAUGGGAAGGCUCCCCACACAGGCCACUGACCAUCACACACAGACUCACACUGGAGCCUUCACGCCAGGAUCAUGCAAUACCCUGGGAAAGUCUUACAUAUCAGUCAUAUUGCUGGCAUCUUCUUUUCAAACAAUGUAUGUAUGCAGAAAGCACUUUAAAAUUCCACCAAGUGACAAUUUUACCAUCUAAAGCAGGGGUCUGAGUUGUAACUGCUAGUGUGAUCCCAGGAAAAUACAGUGUGGUCCACAAUAUACAUAAAACAACCAAAAUAAGUCAUGUAUUUAUUGGUUAAAAGAACCAUUCAGUAAAUUAAAGUAAGUAUUCUGUUAUCUUAUACCCAAAUGUACUUCUAUUUGUAGUAUGAAGCAUAACUUGCAUCUGUCAGACCCAGAAAUAUUGAGAAAAAUAUUUAGGUUAAUAAAAUUAGGAAAAUGGCAGAUAAACUGGGCAACCAGGAUUUUUCUUGCAUGAAGGCAACUCCCUUUCCAUAGUGGUGGGGUGUGGCCACACUUUCAGAGCCCAUGUGUGGACAUAAAGAGCUUUUUAUAUUUUACAGUAGAAAUCUGGAAGCACUGGACAGUUACUUUAAUUUGGUUGGGGCAAAUAGGGAAUGUAUCUGGUUAAUUUGUAACAUUGUUUAUUGGGGUUGCUGCAAAAACGGGUCCCCCGACAGAAAAGGUUUUAAUACCACUAAUCUAAAGACAUUAUUAUUGAACAUCCUUGGUACCAGGGAUCUGUCUCACUCCCUGUUGUCACAGUGAAAUCCUGCAUCAUCACAUGGCCGGUGUCCUGCAGUUAACUCUGCUAAUAGGUUUAUGGAACCCCUGCAUCUUUGUUGAAUCAGGUUAGGGUGGCUUUUUUUAAUGGAUGCUCUGAAUGUGUAAAACAUGUAGACCUUUUUUUAUUCUCUCCUUUUGAACAUCUUGACAUGCUUUCAAAAACCAGUGAGAGAUGCUGCAGAAAUAUUUUGGUAUUUUGAUUACAUAAAGCUUAGUUAUCACCAUCUAAUGGUCAAGAGCAGUACUGCUACAUAAAUGUUUGUCCUUCCUCAACCAAGUAUUUAACAUGAAGGGAUACCCACUAGACAUGAGUAAACCUAACCCAUAUGGAUUUAGUUUGAAGGAUUAAGCCCUGGAUUCUUUCACUGCACAGCUGAAGAGAUUGUGUUUGUGUUUAGGCAAAGCUAAGGCUCUAAACUGCACAAAUUACUGUUACUGAUUGCUUUUUAAAAGCCUAUUAGUUUAUAUUGGGCAUUUGUGAUAGGUUUUAUUUCAAAGUCGGAAUGUACAUGUGUACAUGUAACUAAGAGGUAACAUAAUAUGUAGAACAUACAGCUGAAUAAUGCCUUAAGUACAGGCAAACCAGGGCAUGUUAUGCUAUGUGAUAAGCACAACUAUUUUGUUAAAUUGUAAAACAAGCUUUGGCAUUUUCAUGCAUGUCUAGGUAAAUUUUUCUUUUGUAAUCAAAUGUUUCUGUUUUACUAAACAGGAAUGGACUAUAGUGCCUUCUUCAGAAUGUUUUGCACAAAACUGAGACCCAGCCCACGUCUGUUGUGUUGUGGCUUGCUGGUCUAAUGUUUCGUCAGAGCGCUCUUCCUCUAUCAGAAUUUGAACUGGCAGUUAUAGGUGGUUUUUCCAUCUCUUUUGAUGGAGUCGCUGCUGAGGUGCACCUCAGGACACAGUAACAGGGAGUGUUUUAUUCCUCGUGGUAACCGAGUACUCUAGAACCUGGUGAUAGCAGGGACCACCUGGGUCCAUUGAACCCUGUAGUCAGCCAAGCCCCUCUAAAGUGGCCCCUUGUCAAUUUCUUUGACUAAAAACUACACAUCUGUGAUGUAAUUCCUGCAGGCCUAAAAUCGAUCAUCUCCAUUGUUUAAGUGAAAGACGGACAUUGAAUGGCAUCCCUAGCAGCUGGGUCUCUUGAGCCUGCUCUGUGGAUGCCCCAUAGAAAGUGGUGAGGUUUCUUUGCUUUCUUUUUAGAUGUGCUUCAUGAGGCAUGUUAGUUGGCGCACCUUUAGGGCCAUAAAAAAUAAAUAAAGGAACCUCCACUUCUUUUCCCCAUUUUGGACUUUGGUUUCCUUUAAAAAUUUUACUAAUCUUUUAAUCUGAGAAAAUUAAUGUAUAUGUUCUGGACAUGAACGCCUUGUCGACUCUGCCUGAGAGAGCAUUGGAAAUCACCUAAAGAUAAAAUCGUUGCAGCAGCGGCGUCUGCCACAAAUGUCAGACACUAGUUGUUUUCCAACAGAAUGGGUGAACAUAUUCAUUUCAGUCAUUUAGCAGAUGCUUCUCAUCCAGUGUGACUUUCAGUAGUGACUAAAUACAUUUUGAUACUUUUUUUUGUAUUAGCUGCUUCCAUGGGAAAUAAACCCACACAUCUUGGUGUUGCUCCAUUAACAUGGCAGUGUCAACAUCGGUGCUAUUGCUUUGAAACAUUUUGCUUUACAAAUAAAAUUAGCGUUUCUAUACCAACAGCCUGACAAACUAAACAGUUUACAAAGAGACUCUUUGUAAAGAGUUCCUGUUUCAGUCGAGUCUCCAGGCAGGUUGUCGAGGGGUUCAAUGUGCAUUCGACAUAUCAUGACUAACGACGCUCAACACGACAGACGUCCGUGCAUCUAGUCUGGACAGUAUGGCUGCUAUUCCAGCGUGUCCGUCAUUAAGCUGUCAUCCGGUGUCUCGGUUCAUUGGUGAAGGUCAGAUAUGGGUGUGUCAUGUGCCACUUCUUUACUCCCAGAUAUAUUAAUAACGUCAAGGUCCCCAGUGGACCCAACCUAAAUACAAGGUGGUUAGUUGAGCCGUGGGGCCGACUAUAUGAAUCCACUUCAAACCAAAAGUGAACAAGGUUUAAUAAAUUACGUUUAAUAAGCACUGCCGUCCCUAUGUUGACCCAACUACAGUGAGUGAUGGAGCAUUUUUAUAGCAAUUGUAAUAUGUCUUUUGCUGGCUAUCUUCCAUCGGCCUUCUUCGCAUGACAGUUAUACCGGGUGUGCGUUGCUUUCCCGGCAGAAAGUGAAGGAAUAGACUAUUUGAAGUGUCUGCUAAAAAGAGGGAUUCAUUGGUUUGUUCUGUUAAUAAGAUGAAAGGGAGGGCCCAUAGACAAAGCUGUUGUUUGUUCUAUGAAUCAUUAAAUGAGUGGACGGUUGUCUUAGUGAUCACUCCGUAACAAUGCCCCCGUACAAACUGUCCCUUGCAAGGCCUCUCUCUUGAGAGUCGCCAAGCCCUUUUCUCACUUGGUGAAAUGCAGAGAAUCCGCUUGACACUAACCUGUUGUGAAAACUGAAAAGCACUGUCCAAACAGAGGAGAGUGGAACUCCUGCCCUCCUCUCCCUCCUAACACUUUAGCCCAUCUCACAGAGUUUACUGUUAAACUGAAGGUGACACUGACACACCAGGUUUGGAGUACAGAAAGGAUUUAAAUCCCUUUAUGAAAUGGUCAUACAUUUUUUUGGUUUGGGAUGGUAGGGUAAAGAUUACUGGUAGGGACUUUUCUGCCUUCAUUCAUUUUGAUCUGUUAUGUUCUGCCUUUUAAAUAUUUCAAAUAGUACGCCAGUGUGAAGUUUCCUUACAUUUAACUAUGUUUAUUGUAAAAUGUAUAAAUACUAAAUAGUAACAGAUUACACAGUACUGUUACAGACUACUGUACAGACUGUACCUAAAGUAAUGAUAAUAUUGUCUAAUCAAUGUCUUCUAUUAUGAACUGUUGUAUUUUAAUGUACCUGCCAUCACUGCCUGUUUUUAACUUGUAAGAGUUAGUACGCACAAUGAUCUCGAUCAAUGCACAUAUUUUUACGUAAAUGUGAUUGAAUACUUCCCCUUGCUUUGACUGCUACAUAGCAGGUGUUUCCCUGAGACUAGAGAUGUUCUCUUGUACAUGUUGUAUUUGUUUUGUCAAUGGGCGGACACAUUCCUGCCUUGAGGGGCUGUGGUUCCGGAGCAGAGUUGGGGCCCCUUUCCCAACAGGCCUUUUGUUAAACCAGGUGUCUGAUUGGGCCAGUCCAGCAAUACCAGGAAUAGGUGCUACUGUCAUGUCUCACAGGCCUGAAAAACACUGGGGUUGAAGUUACCACUUCUGUCAGAAACUGUUAAUAUAGAUAAUUCAAUGAAUAUAAUAAAUAGAUUGAUUAACUAUGCCUAUGUUGAAGUCAUUUGAUAUUCAGGUGGUUAAAGACUCCUAUGAAAUGGGAUGCUCUCCGGGGCAAAGUCAGGUAGUAGAAAAUAAGGGUGAUUGCAUGUGUUUCGGUUCUGUGAGUUGGUGUUGAUAUGUUAUGUGGGAGUGUUUAUGUGAUUCCAGCCGGACCAGGGUGGGAAAAGGAGGGUGUAAUUGGAAAUACAGUAGGGAAGAUGGUAUGUCCCUGCAACAGGAUACUUGUUGGCAGUUAGCAUUGGGCUUACGCUACAGGAAAUGAGUUCAGGAUGUCUGUAAGGCAUUAAAGAAAGCAAUGUGGCACACUAUGUAACACUUAACAUCAUACUUUUAAACACUCAUCAAAAGCCCUUAUGCACUGUCAACCACAGGUUGAGCAACACAGAGCUGUUAGAACCCAGUAAGAUUGAAAAUAGUAACAAAGUCUUAGUGGUCUUAGGUUUUUAGAAAGGCUUUUAUUGUCCCUCAGAGAAAGUCAUGGUUGUGCUACGCUCCAUUAUGUUCUAAGAGUUUAAGCCUAGCCAGGCAGUAAGGACCUUGCCCGGUACUUACAACAGCACAGCAGGCUUAGACGACAUCUUUGAAGACACAACAGAGAAUGGGACCAGGGUGUGGGUGUCUAGAAAUGUUUGGAAACCUGGUUUAAAUGUUUGUCUCAACCUGAUUCAAACAAACCCUCAUACAUGUUUGUUAUGGUUGGCCACGGGAGAUAAGCCGGGUUAGAAUUGUCUCCCGAAAGGCCACAGGUUUCCUAUUAUUGUGUGUAAAAGUUUGAGGCCCUGCUCUUUAAACUAUGUGAAAACAAAUGGGAAAUUAAAAGAACAU